AUGCGGCUCCCCCCCUCUCUCUUGCCCUCGGGUGCCAUUUUACACUUAUGUACCAUACUAACUGGCCACGUCCAGCAUGAUGUCAACUUCGACUCGGUGGAUGCCGGUGCGUCCACCACCUUCCCCAUGCAGUGCUCGGCUCUGCGCAAGAACGGUCACGUUGUCAUCAAGGGCCGCCCCUGCAAGAUCGUCGACAUGUCCACCUCCAAGACGGGCAAGCACGGUCACGCCAAGGUCCACCUGGUCGCCAUUGACAUCUUCACCGGCAAGAAGCUGGAGGAUCUGUCUCCCUCCACCCACAACAUGGAUGUCCCCAACGUCUCUCGCAAGGAGUACCAGCUGCUGGAUAUCACUGACGACGACUUCCUGUCCCUGAUGGACGAGUCUGGUUCCACCAAGGACGACGUCAAGGUCCCCGAGGGCGAUAUUGGUGCCCGCAUCAUCAAGAUGUUCCGUGAGGAGGAGAAGGACGUCAAUGUCGUUGUCCUGACCGCCAUGGGUGAGGAGGCCGCCAUCGAUGUCAAGGAGGCUCCCAAAUAA